CCUACUUGCGAUCAGUCUUUACUCGUCUCCGUUCCUCUUCUUCAUCUCUCAUCACAUGCUCAUGUCCUCAAUGCCUGGUUUACUCGCCCAGCUAAGAACGGUGAAAGCCUGAUAGAUUGGGGCCAACGUCUUCAUUUUCCUCCAAGCGAACUCAACGCGCUGGCCACUGCUACUCUCAACAAAACUUGUCGAAACUUGUUUAAUCACACCCACAAGAUUAAAACAAUUGGAUCUAAGGGCCGUAAAGUUCCAGAAGCUACAUUUGGUUAG